AUGUCCCUCGGCGGGGGCGUGGCCGAGGCUAUCGGGGGCGUGGCCCGUAGUGAAGGGGGCGUGCCCCGCGUUGCCCGGGGUGACGCGCGGAUGCAGCCGGAGUGCCCCGGAGCGCGCCGGUGCCCGGCCGAGGAUGCUGCCCGCCGCCGCUCGCCCCGGUUCAUCUGUUGCUGCCUGAGCCAGCCCGAUGGAUGCGGCCGCCCCCGCGCCCUGCCCGCCCGCAGCCGCCCCGCUGGCCGCCGAGCCGGGAACCGCUCCGGAGCUCCGCGGCUGGGGGACGGCGGGGAGGGGACCAUGGAAGAAAAGCUCCAGGCGCAUCAGGUGGAGAUCGACCCGGAUUUCGAGCCGCAGAGCCGGCCCCGCUCUUGCACUUGGCCUCUCCCCCACCCCGACUUGGCGGCGGAGGAGGAGGAUGGGGGCGCGGGGGGACCCCCGGCGCUGGCGGCCGGCGGGGACGGAGCCGAGAACGCGGCGGCCCCGGUGGAGCGCAGAGUCGCCGCCGCGCCCCCGCCGCCCCCCGGCGCGGAUGUGGGGCAGCUCCGCAAGGCCAAGACCUCCCGGCGCAACGCCUGGGGCAACCUUUCCUACGCCGACCUCAUCACCAAAGCCAUCGAGAGCUCGCCGGAGAAGCGCCUCACCCUCUCGCAAAUCUACGACUGGAUGGUGCGAUACGUUCCCUACUUUAAGGAUAAAGGAGACAGCAACAGCUCCGCCGGCUGGAAGGUACCUCACCCCCUGACCCCAACCCCAGCGCAACUUUGCCCCUCUCCCGAAGGUGUGCCAGAGCUUGGAGGCUUCUCCUGGGGCAGCCGGAGCUUGGCUCUGGUUGGGCGAUCUGGGGGAUCACCGCUGUCCUCACGGUUAGGGAGAUAAGGGCUCGGACAAGUUUUGGGGAGAGCCGGUGCCUCGUGGUGUUGCGUGUUAGAACCGGGGUGAGCUUGUCCCCGUGUCACCCGCCAGGCUCGAGCUGAGCGCCGGAGCGGUGCCACCGUCCUCCGGGGGGUCGGGGAUGGCGACGGGCAGCGGAGUCGUGGCCACCGUCCUCCCGGGGGUCGGGGAUGGCGACGGGCAGCGGGGUCGUGGCCGGCUCUCCCAGGUGUCCAAGCACCGGGGUGCGGUGAAUGACAACCCCACGUCACGGCUCUCCUGUCCCUGCCGUGCCAGGUCCCCGCGUGCCAGUGGCGUGCCCGGGAGCACAGCCGGAGGGAGGGCUGUCCCCGAACAGGUGUCUCCGGGCUGGCUUGUACCCAGUGCGUCCUCCCGUCUCAGCCCCCGCCUUCCCCGGGGCUGCGUCCCCCUCCCGGGGGGGGGGCGUGCAGGCAGCACACGGUCCCCUCAGCUCCAAGCUGGCAUUCCCCGGCUCCGAUCCCGGCUGGCACUGUGGGCUCGUUAGGAUUCCCUGGCAGGGACAGUAUUCCCGUCUUGCUUGGUGGGAGCUGGGGAUCCCUGGCACCGGCAAGGGCACGGGGAGCGCUGGGUCUGGGGGUCACCCUGGCCCCUGCCCCUCCGGCUGGUGCUGCGCUGGGAAGGGGGAAGAGAUCGGCUGUGUCCAGAUGGUGUCAGUAAAAAGGAGUCGGUUUCUCUUAAGUCCUCCCCUAAGCCCUGUCACCUCCAGUGUGAUUAGUGUGUGACGAGGCUCCGGGGGCUCUUACACCAGCCUGCGGCCCUGGCACGCGAGUCCUGGCUCUGGACCCGGCCCACCUCAGGGGGUCCUUCUUGGGUGAAAAUGGGGCUCUUUUGGGGCAGGAAGGCUGGAAUCUGUGGCACCUAUAUCCAGGCUGUGUGGGCUGGUGUUAUGUGGAGGCUGGGCACCCACUCGUGAUGGGUGGGCAGAGGGCAGAGCCGGUGUCCCUCUGGUGUGGAGAUUGGCCAGGGAAGGGUGUCGGGGCUGUGGAGGUGGCAGGAGGUGGUGGUUGUGUGGUGCCUCUCAAACCUCCACCUGGGGCAAGACCUGCACAGCCCUGGGCACAUGCUGGCAGAGAAGGGUCUCCCCAAGACUCACACCUGGUGGGGACAGCAGGGGACAUGCACUCAUGGGGUCUUGGAGUUGUGUCGGGGAGGUGUGUGAAGGCUCUGGACUGGGGCCUGGGAGGGCUGGGAUGAGGAGCAAAGGGAUUCCCAGGCAGCCACAUGUGUCAGUGGGGGCUUCGUGGUGCAUGAUAUGCAAGGGGAGGGCAGGCUCAGGGUCCAGCUGCAAAUCCAGGGGCACAUACAGGGGCUGCUUGCUCAGAUGGGCUCACCUGUGUGCACCCUGUGAUGGGAUGCUCUCUCCUUUCCUGGCCCAUCUCCAGGUUGGAGCAUGUGCCAGGGCUCUGCCUGGGCUGUGGGCAGGUGGCUCUGCUGCCAGGACUGCACUGCUGUGGGCUGGUUCCCCCAUGGAAGCCUCCCUUGCCCUCACAAUGGCACUGGGAUUUGAACCCCCCAGCUGGGCUGAGCGAAGAGUCCUGCCUGACCUGCCUGCACUCUGGGCUGGCCCGAGCGGGGUGCCCAGGGCAGAGCGGGGUGCCCUGGAGCCUCUCCUGGUGCUGCAGGUGCUCAGUCCUCAGCUGGGGAUGGUGGUGUGAGGGCUGACAACAGCCCGGAGCGAGAAGCAGAGGCCCCCUUUGUGCAGUGGUUUCAUCAGACACCAGCAUGUCGGGGGUUAAACACCUUCCCCACAGUUCCAUAUCACUCCUGGCUGUCCCCUGCCCCCCCUCGGUGUCCCCUCCCCUGGGUGCCAAGGGAGCACCCAGAGCGCUGGGCAGUUGGUUUUGGGGUAGUGGGCACUGGUGGCUGUUUCAAGCCCUGUAGAUGCCGUGUCCCUCCGGCCCCAGGCCAGGGAGAAGCGUGGCAGGGCCACAGCAGUUCAUCUCCCCACACGGCAGAGUCACAGCGAGGUCUCGGCUGCUUCUGUAAUGAGCCCCUUUCAGCCUCCUCGUGCUGGAGGGAGCGGGAUGGUGGGGGUCUGGGGGCCUGGCCGAGGGCUGCUGCUCUGGCAGGACUUUGUAGAAUCAUGGAAUGGUUUGGGUUGGAAGGGGCCUCAAAGCUCAUCCUGUU